AAUUUCAAGGUAAGGAGUUAAGUUGUGGAUAUUAUAUGUCAUAAAAUGUCCCUAAUACAUCAAAAGUUAGCUGAGCGUUUGUUUAUUUUGAAUGAUCGACAGCUUGGUGUGCUGACUCGUAUCCACCAUAUGAAGCAAAUGCUCACCAUACCUGAAUACCGCCCAACUGUACUUCCUGGUGGUGACAAAGCAUUCGAUGGGGCUUGGAAAGUUUUGUUAAAAAAGUUCCCUUCAGUUGAUGUCAGGUCAAAUCCAUCCAGUAUGCAGCCAUUUUUUAAUCACCAAAAGGAGUUGUUUGCAAUGUUAUCUACUUACUACUUUAACUUUGUCGACGUUCUUGAUGUAAGAGAUCAUUUCAUUGAUCUCAUAGGAUGUUUGGCAUCUUCAAAGAUAACCCCUGACAUUACUGUUAACUUUGACGUUACACGGAUUUACUUGGAACUCGUUAGCAAUUAUUUCGCAAUGAUGUUUCUCAUAACACGUAUUUCAGACACUAAGGCUAUUUUGAUUCUUUUCAAUUUUCUGUACGAUCAACUACAUGGAAAACAAGAACCUAAUUAUCCGCGUAUGGCAGAAAUAUUUACCGAAACCUCUGAGGGCAUGCUUAAUCGUUUACACAAAGAGAUAAAUCCCUAUUCUCGUACAUUAUCAAGAGCUCUUCGUUCUUUAAAUGAUUUCUACAACCGACGAACAGUUAGAGCUCAAAAUUGGAGUGAUGGACAUUUUUUAGAUAUUUUACACGAGCCAAGCAAAGUAACACACACUGUCCUUGGAGAACAAUUAGGUUGUGAAUUAAUACCUUAUGAGGUGAUGGAAAGAUGGGUAGUUUUUGGUUAUUUAUUGAUAUACCCUGAAAUGACUGAUGAAGACUCGUUCAAUCGACUGAAAGUAGCCCUACGUCAUUCGUAUGUUGUUGUGCUCUUCAGAGAAGAAGUAAUUUAUAUUCAUUCUCUUUUACAAUCAUUUCUCGAGUCUUCAUGGGUUAAUAAGGUAGGUGCUAAACGUAUAAAUGAAAUCAAAGAGACAUUUUCAAUUGCAUGUUCACAAACUCCCAAAAUGCAUGCUGACAGGCGGGCUUAUUUACGCCUAUCUUUGCGUCAACUUCAUCUUAUUUUGUCUGAUGAACCUGGAUUGUUGGGUCCCAAGGCCUUUUUGGUGUUCUGGGGCCUAUCAUAUGCCUCAGAUGAAGUUCACUGGCUUUUAAGACAUUCUGCCAACCCAAUAGUAAAGAAAAGUUCCACUGUAGCUUCACGUACAGGACCAUUUUCAAGUGAUGAACUUAAUGAUCCAUUCUUACCGGAAUUGCUUUUUAGAAUGGAUGAGCUUCGUUCCCUAGUUAUGCGUUACAGUCCUGUUAUUCAACGUUUUUAUCUCCAGUUAUUGGGUUGUUACGAUGGACCUGGAUUAAAUGAAUAUGUGCAAGAUAUUUUGCCACAUGUAAAUAAUGAAGAGUCUGUUAUCUUCAACUCUAUCGCAAAACAAUUAUGUGAACUUGCUGAUAAUCCUGUUGUGCGUGAAACAAAUUUGAGUCCUAUUCAAUCAACAUUAUUCGACUUUUCUGGGAUUCGACUAGAUUGGUUGCGUUUACAAGCUUGUUUGUCAUGUGAAGCUUCUGCUGCUAGUUUGGGUGAUUACCGGCGACUUGUUGAGCAUAUAAAUUCUACAAUACUGCAUACUAAGCUGGUUGAUUAUUUGGAUGAACUGCUUCGAUUAGUUUCGGACAUGUCGAUUUUUAUAUUUUAUCCUUCUAAAUUCACUGAACUAUUUUCCAACUGUCGUAUAUGUCCUGCACAGUUAAGAUUUACGAUUGUAUUCCCAAGCAUUUGUUCUCAGGCUAUACAAGCAUGUCAUGAUCUAUGCCCAGAAGAACGUUCACAUAUUGGUCGUAACGCAGCUAAUUUAUGUCGUCACUUUUGUCAAGAAAUCGCGGAUAAUAUAUGUCUUUAUUUAUUUAAUCGUAUUGAUGAAUUUGGAAAUAUGGCUGAUCAAUUAGCACCACAAAAUUCCGUACCAUGGCUUACGGAUGAGAAACCUGCAAAAAAAAGCAAAAAACCAAUUAUUAAUACUCGACAGAAUGUAAAUGGAAUUAUAAACGCAGGCGGAAUAGAUUCAAGAAAAGGCAAACGGUUGAAUGGGCCUAUUAACAUGAUUACUAAUAACAAAUUUACUUCAUCAAACAAUAUGUCUUUUGAUUCACGUUUUGUUCCGGGUAUGGAAAGCUUUAGAACUAAUCGAGAAGAACAAACUAUAAAUGAUAAAACAUUAUUUGGAUUAAGUCAACUAUGUUAUUCUGUUAACCAUCAUCGGGAGUUAUUGGUUUUUGAUCAAGUUAUCAAUCCACGUGAAAUACUUCAAAAUGAAAUACAAUUCAGAAUUAUUGAUUUGCUUGCUAGUUAUUCGAAUUUCGCCUCUCAUGACAAUACAACUGAAUCACUUGCUUCUAAACCAUCCGAAUUACUUCGACGUGUACGAGCUUUAAUGAAUGCUCUUAUAGAUUUGGAAAAUCAUGUUUGUAUUGAUGUGAUUGGAUUAUUUUCUACUGUAUUCACUCAACAUACUCAACCGGUAGAUGCAUUCCGUGGACAAUUAACAAUGACAGCGCAUUAUGCUGAAUGGUAUUUAGAAAAUGUUAUUAAACAUGCUUAUCUAGAUCAUUUUGUUUAUUCACCUUUAUUGAAAAGUUUUGUUACUUUAGUUUCACCAGAUAUUGUAAAAUUUCGAGCAGAAGAUUAUGCUGAUUUAAAUGAAUUAAUAGCUUUAACAGAACUUAUCGGACCAUUAGGGAUAAAGUUUAUUUGUGAUCGAUUAAUGCAUUCUGUUGGUGAUCGUGUUGAUGAAAUCAAUAAACUAGUUCGUCAAAAUCGUGGUACUCUUGAAUGUUUACGGGAAUGUAUAAAUGAUCCAGUAAGAACUCGUCAACUUAAUGGGAAUUUACAAAAUUGUGAUCAACUUUUAAUCUUGUUAAAAGAAAUUGGUGUAGCACUUGCUUUUCGUAAAUUAUGCUUUGAAGCUGUUCAUUCUGUAUUACAGAAACGUACUCCAUUUCUAUUGGACACUGUUCAUAACCUUCGUGAUUAUAUCAUACAAAAAUCAAGCAGCGAUACCCAAUUAUUAACUGGAUCAUCAUCUACAGAAAAUAAUGGAAAAUAUGGAAUGGAACGUAUUUAUGCACAUUUUAAUGAACAAUUAAUAUUAAAUAAUCUAUGUGCUUCUGUUGGUAUAUCCUCUGAUUUAGAUUAUAAUUUAUGUUCAAUAUUAAAUAAUCGACGUAUAGCUACAUUAGCUACUGCAAAUCAAGCUGGUUUAAAUUUAUCUCUAAAUGGUACUAAUAGUAAUAUAUCUUAUCAAGAAUUAGAAUAUCAUAUUGCUUGCUUAUUUAUUGUAUUUAUUGCUAAUGCUUUUCCAAGAUUAGCACGUCAAGACUCCAGUUUAUAUCGUUUAGAUUUAGAAGCAAAUGAAAAUAAUUGUCAUUGUAUUGCAUAUGCAAUAAAUACUUUAAUGGUUUCUAUGUUUUCUUUACUUCGACCAGGUGAUUUAGAAGCUCGUUCUAAAGAAUUUCUUGCUCUUGCUUCAUCAAAUCUUUUAAGACUUGGUCUAGAAACUUCAUCUUCACUUAUCUCUUCAGAAAUUUAUAGUAAUAACAAUAAUGCUCAAACAUCUUCUUCUAGUCAUUCAUUAUCAGUUAAACAUAGAGAUUCAAUUUAUAUUGUAUUUGAUAAUCUUAUUAAACAAUCACCUUGUUUAUCUGCUAGUUUACAAGAAUCUUGUUUUCCAUAUUCAUUAAUACGUAGUGCUUAUCAUAGUAUUGCAAAAUUAACAACAACUAAUAAUAAUGAAACUUCCGGUACUACACGUUCAAAUAUUAUGUCAUCAUCAUCAUCGACGACAACAACAACACAUGUAGAUGGAAAAUGUCGUGAUUAGAAUGAAUGGUAACUCAUCUCAAUUCAUCAAUGAAAGUUUCCAAUAGUAUAGUAAUCCUGUUGGUUGCUUAUUUGUUUGUUUUCUUCUUUUUUAUUAUUACUAAUUGACUUAUUCAUGAUCUAUUUGCGUUUAUAGUAAAGGGUAGUACAACUUGGACCAAUGCAUAAAUGUGCCUGGUACUACGUUGUAGCUGACUGACUGACUAAUUGAGUAGUACAUCAUAUUAUAUAUGCUUUACUUGUUUUUAUUUUAUUUGCAUUUUUGUAUUUUUUUUUGUUUUUGUUUUGUUUUUAAUUGUUAAAAUGAAUCUACAAUUUUUUUUGGUUUUAAUUUGUUUAUAGAAGAUAAAAUUGACAAAUAUGUUUAUUUCAAAAUGAUAUUUAUUUAAUUAAUCAUUAUAUGUAAGUAUAAUACUCUUAUUAUGGGACUCUUCAGUAGUACGUAUCCACGAUCCCUCGCGAGAUUCGAACUCAGGAUCCAUCAGUCUCGUGCACGAGCGCUUAACCACUAGACCACUAAAUCGGCAUCCAACGGUGUUAAGCAACAGUUCACUAAUUGUCUUCAGUGAGUUGAUAUCUCACAACAGACCUGAUUCAACUCUACUGGUUACUGCUUCUCACUAGAACCCCAGGAAAUAGACUGAUAGGUCCUGGGUUCGAAUCUUGCAAGGCGAGAUCGUGGAUGCGCACUUGUGAGGAGUCCCAUAAUAGGACGAAAUGGCCGUCCAGGUUUUCCAUAGUAGUUUAGCUUCAAUUGACUCAUGAUCCCAACUAUAAAAUUACUGAAAUCUCCACAAAAACCCCUUCUGAUAUAUAUAUAUUCCUUCUAUUUUUAUUUAAACGCAUAAAUAUUGGUACAAACGGGUACCAGAUACAUAUGCACCCCACAAAUCAAAUGAGGUUUGCAUUAGGGCUGUGAUACUGCUCAGGUACCCAAACUGAAGCAGAUGGUUUCCUUAGGAGCCCCACUCCGAGCCUUUGACCUGAAGGUCUAGUCCACAAGGCAGUGGAGCAUCUUAAGGUGAUGUAGUCCCAUGGUAGCCGGUGACCAACAAUCGGUUCAUACUCCAUUUGUUCCUUCAGGAUACUGGAGCCCAUGUGCAUCAUUGGUUUGGAAUCAGGUUUUUCAACUCUCCUAGGCUGACUUUCCGGUGUCCACCAACCCGGUUAAAGCGCUGUGCAUUCGCUUCUAUAAGUCAACAGUAAACUUUCAGUUUGAUUGUAUAACGUUUAUAUUCUCAGAACGCUUCAAAGCAGUUGAGUUGCACAUUUCUUAUCUUAUCACAUAUAGAACAUGUUCAUCAUUCAACACAAAAAAUAUUAACUACAAAGAAUAAAUAUAUAACGCAAAAUCUAUCUUUCAGUCAUUUUCCUUUCUAUCAAUGGAUUCUUACCAUGUUCUUACUGUUUAUGUAUCUAACAAUAAGUGGAUGGAUAGCUUCAAACUUAUUAGGAACAUAAUGAUGGAUCAGCAGUCUAGUAACGAUUAGUUUCAUCAAUUUGAUCUAUUGAUAGGGUUCUAAAUGUAUAUUAACCAUAUUGUUUGAAACAGUUGCAUAGAGAUGAAGUGUCUUAAGUGUAUUCUCGAUGGUAAUCAUAUUAAAAAAAUUCUAUAGAUUUGUAAAUCCCUUAUCGUUUUUACCUUUUAAACAAAUGUCCCUAGAAUUCUCGUGAUUUCAAAACCUAUUACAGUAAUUCCGGUUACAUGCACUCUUUGUAUAGAUACUUCUAUAUGCAUUACUCUCAUCUUAUUGUCCUCCCAGUUGUUUUAUUCUUUCUGAAACGAAGUUGAACUAUUGGACGGUACUUUACUUUGGAGUCUUCUUGUUAUUGAUAAGUUGAAGGUUAUACUGUUCUUCUGAAUCUCCAUUUUCAUACAUUAUUCCAAUUUAAAUUGUUGUAAUCGUUUCGUAAGUAAAAAGAUAAUCAUCCAUUACAUAACUAUAUGGUCUUAGUCCCUACCCGAAAAUAGUUUUAGUAGAAACAAUGGACUUACUCAAUAGUAUAAUUCCGUAAUAGCUUUUGGGGUGAAUCUUAGUGUAGGUGACUCUAAGUGAAUAAUAGUUUGUUACUAACGUUGUGGGUGUACACCAUUUUUAUAGGCAUGAUCAAUAAUUUGGGAUAUGGAGAAUUUAUCAGAAGUCCUAUGAAUAGGAUGAUAUAUAUAUUUGCAUCAGCAAAAAGAAUCUCAUGCACUACAAUUGAAAAUCACUGGAAUGAUGGGACAACGGUUGUCAAUUCAAGAAAAUUCUGUACAGGUGUCCUAAUUCACAGGCUCAACUAUCAAGUCGCUGAUCGACACAAUGAGUGGCUUUCAUUUUGAUUCUUAUGCUGGUGUCACACUUGAAUCAAGAAGUAUGAAAAUGUUUGCCAAAAGGUGUCAAUUGUGUUCAUGUAUUGGCAAAAUCUAACCCCCAGUACUUACUCAAACUCCUAGAGUUACUGUCGAUCCCAAACCCGGGUAAAGGAGGGGGGUUAGGCGUGGGGUCGGUAACCCCAUUUUAUAGGAAACACUUCGAAUCAUCGUUGAACAAUCUAUUGAAUGGAACUCGUCACUAUACAUCGACCUCCUUGACCAUGAGAGGGUGUUGAUGGGAGGACCUUGUGGAGCCUUGUUCGACAAUAUGGUGUGCCUGAGAAGAUCGUCGUUACCAUACGAAAUUCAUACGACGGACUACAAUGCAAAGUUGUGUGUGGAGAGCAUCUGACAGAUGCAUUACAAGUGAGAGCCAAAUAAGGACGCUUACUCUCACUCUAUCCUUCUUCUAAUGGUUGACUGGAUUAUGGAAACCUCGACAUCUCAGGGGGGCACGGAAUACGAUAAACAGCUCUGUUGGGGGAUGUCAAAUCCCCAGAACUUACGUGACAAAUAACUUAAUUUUGAAUUUAGCUGUUUUCGCCCCAAAAGCGCUCUUUUUACCUUCGCGUCAUAUUUCCCACUUGUAAUUAUCUUAAACGCUACUGGUCCAUUGUUUCUUUGAAUGUUCUAUUUUAUAAUGAUGCCCAAGGACAAUUUGUUGCUGUAUAUAUACGUUUGACCUUUUGCCCUUAUGAUUGCUGUGCUUCUGGCUGCUGAGGAAUGUAUUUUCCCCGCUCCCAACUUGCACUUCUUACUCUAAUCAGCUGGGUCAGGUCAGAAUAGCUAGCUUGUCGGUCUCUGGUCACAAGUCUUGUUCCGUUCGCUAACUAGUGAAUUCGUAACGUUUCAGAUAUAAAAAACUCGGAAUCAACUAGACGGUUUGGACUUCACAGGUGGCUUGGCCCCUCUGCCCCAUACACACACGAACAAAUACAGGUCAAGACAACUGGUGUAGCAGCAGCCUCUGCAUCAUUAGGCCUUAACAUACACGAAGUAAAAAGCAAGAUCUUCAAAUACAACACGGAGAAUACCAAACCAAUCUCACUCGGGAGAAUUCAGGAAGAGGUGGAAAGUUUCACGUACCUGGGAAGCAUCAUCGAUGAAGAAUGAGUAUCUGAUGCAGAAGUAUUGGCGAAACAAGGACAGCGUUCCUACAAUUUAAAAACAUAUGAAAGUCAAAACAUCAGAAUAUAUAUUUUAAACUUAGUUAGAUGCAGUACUAAAAGUUUUAAAGUAAACGAGGUAUAUUGUAGUUUCCCAAUUCAAAUGGAUCGAAUAAGACCGUUAACAUUUCUGACUAUUAGACUAGUUAAAAAUCAAGCUCGUAGGUUACUAAUGCGUGAUCAAUUCAAAAAGGGCUUUUCUUGGAGAUUAGCAUAUGAUUCAGACGGUAGGAGGCAGUGGCUUUUGAAUCUUUUACCACUGAAAACACUUUCAAUAGAUAUUUACUCAUGGUACAUGUGUUGCUUGUUUCAUGUCUCAAGUGGACUAUUACAGAACCCAUAGAAUUGCGAGCUAGUCUAAUAUUAUCAGAAAGUGUGGUAGGAUCUUCUUGCAACUCAUUAUAUUACAGGCGUUAUAUUCUGUUUUCUCCCAUUGAAUGGCGAAACCUGUUUGUUUUAGCAAGAUCAAUUCAAGUUUAUGCUCCUCAUUUUGAUGUAAUCAAUGCUAUGAUCAGACGAUUAAAAAGUUUUCAGUUUCCUGAGAGAAAAAUGAUCUCGCAACUCUCUAAUUAACCUCUGUUAGAUCCAUUUUGAACGUUUCGUAUGUGAAAAUCCCUCCAUGCAUACAUUCAUAGCUUCUUCUUAAUAUGUUCUUUAUCUGUACAUGAUUGUUAGUAUUUUUGAUGCCAUUUUUUGAUUGUGGUGUUUCAUUUCAUAAUAGUUUUCUCAGCUUUUCCUGUUGCUUUCAUUGGGUUUCUAUAUUUCUUCUUGAAGCGUAUCUAAUUUGUUUUGAUUGUUAUCAUUCCGGCGGCUGCCGUAUUGAGUGUUCGCUCUUUGAUUGUGCUGUUUGAUUUGACUGGGAUCGUGCAUUUUGGUUGUAAAUCGGAGCACUUUCCCAGAAUUUGAAACACUUUGUUAUAGAGCAACCUCUCAAACGGAAUUUUUAUUUGAUCUAUCCAGAAAGGAUAGAAUAACACUUGCUUUUUGGUGUGUUCGAUUGACUAUUCUGAGAACAAUUGUUGGUUGAAUAACUGUGUGGUAAUAUUUGUUUAUAACCGUUAUUACCCCAAUCGCUCUGUUCUGAUUUCGAUUGU